AUGAAGUUAUCUACUUUUACAAUUCUUUUGAUCAUUUUGUUCGCAACAAUACCCGUAAGAUCACAAAUAAGUUCUUUUACAUAUGAAGAAAACACUGAACCCAUCUUAUUUUCGAUGGAAAGUUAUGAAGAUAACUCGAUCGUUGUUAAUAUCGUUAGUGUAAAUAAAUCGGAUCCUUCCAAUAAAAAUACAAAUGAAUUAUGCGUGAAUAAAUAUUUGUCAUUUCGAACGAUUCUUCCUGAUGGAAGAGUUGAACCAGUUGACCUUACGUUGGAUAUACAAGACUUAAAUUUUUGCAUUAGGGUAAUUGAUGAUGAAGUCUACAACCCUAUAAGAAUUUAUGCAGUUAAAGAUAAGUUUGUGCUAGUAACUUAUACCGAGGUUACGGAUUUCGAUGAUCCUACAACCUAUGAUGAUCGGGCGAUGUGGAUGCCUAACUUUGCCAAGUUAAUUUAUAAUGUUGAUCGUGACAAGGGAUUUCUUCGCUUAGGAGGUAUAACAAAUGCUACUGAUGCUGUCUGGCAGCAAUUCAUCAUUACCGAAUUGGGUGAAAUAAAGCUGCUUGCAGAAGAUGUCAUCAGUUUUCCAGAAGAUACUGCAAUACUUAAACCCGUCGCCAUGAUGGACGGAGGGUACGCGAUAAUAUACGCCAAUACCACGAAUUCAAAAGUCAAUCCCAACGAACCUACGGGAGAAAUUGCCGCCAAACUGUUACCGUAUGGGAAAAAGUCGAAUCGACAACCUGUCGUUCUUUAUGAAAAUCAAAUUCAAGGAUUGCAAUUUAAUGGACUCGAUUGCAGAGCUGUAUAUAAUAUUCAAUCGUUAAAUGCUACGAUACCCAACAAUCCAGGAGUUGAUCAUUAUAACAUUAGAUCACUUCCAUAUGGAGGUUUUUUAUUAGAUGGAAAAGGAGUCAACUUUAUUGUUGGUUACAUUUUUAAUGACACUGAAAUUUAUGAUUGGGGAUUGAAUAACCCUGUCAUGUCAAAUAUUCAGAAUGCAAAUUUAAUUUUACCAAAUAAUACUUUUGUACUUGCACAACCUGAGGGAACUAAAAAUUGGGGUUUGAGCUCAACUAAUUUGUACAAAUUUGACGGGGAACUAGAUCAUGGAUAUGGGAAUUUGCAUAUUAACACCACAACUCCAUUAAUUAACGAGAUAAUUCCAUAUGACAUAGAUUCCCUUAUAAUUCAUUAUCACAGUCCUAUCGAAUUAUCAAAGAGUAACAUUAUAAUAUUUCAAUAUGAUCGAAAUAUUGUACGUCAAAACAUUUCUGGAAGCAACAAUGAGUAUGUAACACUUGAUGAAAAUGGAACUACCGUUAACGUUAAGAUAAUCAAUAGUACAUUCAAUCGUCCUGGCGAAAGAUAUUACGUUUUAAUUGAAAAUGAUUUUGUAAUGAGUCAGGAAUACCAAGAACCUCUCCUUGGCUUACAAAACAAAGAUUGGUUUUUUACAACAAAUAUAGAGGAUGAAAAAAAUUCAGAUAAAAUUGCAGGAAGAGUUCGUUUGACUGUAAAUGGAACUGCUCUUUUUGAGAGCCUUGAUAAAGUUGGCCGUAAUGAUUUUUACACCAAAUUGAGGCAUGAAUUAGCUUAUGCGAUCCCUAUAAGCCAGGACCGUAUAACGACUAAUGGACGUGUGGAAACUGAUCAUUCGGUUUCUCCAAAUCAAAUUAUUUUGUCUAUUAUUAUCGAGAAAGAUAAAUACGGGCAAGAAAGAACAGUUGAUUUAGCCGCUAAAGAUUUAAAUACUUUGAUUAAUCAUAAACCUAUCACUUUUAUCGCUUCUGGCGAAAUUUCAAAAUAUUUGGAUUCCGGUUAUGGAUACCAACGUUCUCCCAAUUUAUUGGAAGUUUAUACAUUUGAGAUAAUUGCAGUUUUUGUGAUCUUAAUCGUAUCAGUUGGAUUGUUCUUUUAUGCCAGAAAGUGCAAUAGUGAGCAAGAAAUGUUCAAGGAAUAUUUGUUCCAAGCGGGAGCUGAUAUUGAAGCUUUAUAUUUACUCGAAUCAAAAGUAAAAAUUCGUGAAUUAGAUUUUUUUAAAGCUCAAUUUUCUAAUGAUGCAUUAAAAUCGAUACAACUCGGAGCUUGGGUACAUAUCUUCACUGAAGACAUUCCUCAAGUAAUCAUUCAGUGUAUUUUAUGA